CCUGUUCUGUGACUUAACCUAUCUCAAGUUGUAGGCAACUAACCUACACAUUUAAAAAUGCAUUUAUUAAUUCGUGGGCGAUAUGAAACUGCACCAUAUUUUACUCCUGCUUCUUUCGGGUUUUCUAUUAUUAAUCCUAUAUUAUUUAACAAUUGAUGAUAGAGAUGAAGCGUUAACGCCGCUGGAAACCGAAUUAUUUGUAAACAAACCCCACAGAGCAUUGAACCCGAAUAAAUUGUUUAACUUGAACCUAAACUAUUUAUUAAACAGUGACAAAUGCAGCAACAAGACAAAUUUAUUAGCUGUGCUGAUUGUGACAUCUUAUUUUGGACAUGUGGAGUUACGUAGUGCUAUGAGAAGGGCUUUCCCCGCUGACGUUUUAGAAAAUAUGGGAGUGAUACGAAUCUUUUUACUUGGAGACGCGCCAAAUGAUAAGUACACAAGUCAGAAAGCUGUUGUGGAUGAAAACAGGCGAUUUGGCGACCUAAUUCAGGGAAAUUUUAUUGAGGCUUACAGGAAUUUAACAUUCAAACAUCUAAUGGGCCUAAAAUGGGCGAGCGAGCGCUGCGAUACUAAAUUCAUAUUGAAGAUGGAUGAUGAUAUUGUCAUAGAUUUAAGAAAAAUUGUUAAAAUGUUAGAAAAUAAUAGAUUUCCUAGCAAAUUAUUGGCUGGUUAUGUUUUAAAAGGCAUGAAACCUAUAAGAGAAAAAGCCAAUAAAUGGUUUGUUACAGAGGAUGAAUAUAAUGGAGAUGUUUAUCCUCAGUUUGUAUCUGGGUGGUUUUAUAUCACAAACUCAGAAACAAGUUCUUCAUUGGUUACUUUAUCACAUUUUUACAACUACUUCUGGAUUGAUGAUCUUUUUAUAACUGGAAUAUUAGCCCAAAAACUUCGUAUAAAACAUUACGACAUUGGUAAAUAUUUCACGGUAAACCCGGAGUUUUUGGAGUGUUGCAUAAGAGAUAUUCAGAAAAAGCUAGAUUGUGAUGUUCUUGUAGGUCCUAAUGGAGGAGACAAUAAUUUGUUUUAUAAAUUUAAUGAGGCACUUAAUUAUUGUGAUGAAAAUAAAUGUAAUAAUCGGAGCAAGUCGUUAAAUGAUACUUGUGUUGCUGAAUUUAAGUUACAUUUAGGAAAUGGUAAUGGAAUUAUUGAAAAAUACAAGUUAUAAUUUAUAUAAAUAUUUUUUAAUAAAUUUGUUAAAAACUUGUUACUAUUGUCUUUGAAUAAUC